AUGCUUCACUUACGCAAACUAGAAGACAUCAAUGAUAGCCUUGAGAUCUUGGCUUCCGUAUCUGGCCGUGAUGAUUCAAGACAAGACUCCGCAGCAACUGAUCUUGCAAAUAAACUCGAUGGACUUCCUCUAGCCCUUGCAACUGCUGGUGCAUACCUGGAGCAAGUUUCAAUAAACUACACCGAGUAUCUCCAGCUGUACCAAAGCUCAUGGCAACAACUGCACAAGGAGACGCCGCAACUGGCGGCAUACAAUGAGACACUAUACUCAACAUGGAACGUCUCUUAUCGAUAUAUCGAGCAGCAGAGUCCAAUUGCAGCUAUGCUUCUCUGUCAAUGGGCCUAUUUCGCUAGAUUUCUGGAUCUGGCUGGAGGACUUCUCAAUUCUUUGGGCAGCUUCUACGCAGAUCAAGGGCGGCCCCAUGAGGCAGAGAAAAUCUAUAACCAUGCAUUAGAAUCUCAAGAGAAGGCGGAUAGGCGAGAAGAUAAGUUGACGCUGGAUAUUAUCCACAACCUCGGCCUACUCUACGCAAAUCGAGGGCAACAACAAGAAGCAGAGGCGAUGUUCCACCCAGUACUUGAGGGCUACGAGAAACCUCUAUACAGACCAAGGACGAUACCAAGAGGCCGAGGUAAUAUUCGAAAGAGCGUUAAAGACUACGAGAAGGUGUGGGGACGAGAGCACACGUCAACGCUAAAUACCGUCAAUAAUCUUGGCACUCUCUACCGAAGCCAGGGUAGGCUUCAGGAAGCAGAGGCGAUGUACGAGCGUGCGCUUGAAGGCUACGAGAAAUCACAGGAACGGGAACACACAUCAACAAUGAGUAUUGUCAACAACCUUGGUAGUAUCCACGCAGCUCAGUCUCGGUUUCAGAAGGCAGAGGGCAUGUUUGAGCGAGCACUCGAGGGCUACGAAAAGACAUGGGGACAAGAGCAUACAUCAGCACUCAAUAGUGUGAACAAUCUCGGUAAUCUUUACGGAAGUCAAGACCGAUUCCAAGAAGCAGAGCCAUUAUUCAUACGAGCCAUCGAGGGCUAUGAGAAGACUUGGGGACGAGAGCACACAUCAACGCUCAAUGCUAUCAAUAACCUUGGCACCCUCUAUCAAAGCAAGGAUCGGCCCCAGGAAGCACAUGCAUUGUUUAAACGGGCACUUGAGGGCUACGAGGUUGCCUUGGGGUCGGUUCUAGUGGCGACAUAUAUCCCUGCUUUGAACACUCUCGAGAACCUUGGCCUCAUAUGCGCGGAGCUAGAAAGAAGCAAUGAAGCUCUGUUAUUCUACCAGCGGGCAUUGAGCGGCACCAAGGCAGUUUUCGGGCAAAUCAGCGAAGCCUAUUCAAGUCUCCUGGACAGAAUAAACUCUUUGAAAUGUGACAUGCACCAACCCGAAGGCGGAAUGGAGAUCUUUACUCGGUCUAAAACAACAAAGUUAGAGAGGAAAUGGAAGAAAUUGAGGGCAAAACUCCCAAUCAUGCCGAAAACUAGAUAA